CAAUGCCCAUUUGCCAUAAAGAAAAUCCGGCCCGGCCCUAAGGGUGCGCCAGCCGGCCCUCCGGCAUAGUGCCUCCAAAUUUUGGGGCCUCUGGUCCUCCACUAUAUAUGAUUAAUUACAAUUACGAAUUAUUAGAUUUCGGUUAUAAAUUUAAAACGAUAAAAAAUUUAUAAAUUGAGUUUUGAUUAUGGGUCUAAAAAAAUAAUAAAAUUUUUAAUCCUAAGGUUAAAGGAACGGUCGAAUCACAUGAGAUGAAUACUUGUUUUCUUAUUAAAAUGUUUUCAAACCAUAUAACAUAACUUAUUCUUUGUCGCGUGUUUUCUAAAUAGAACAAAAGAGGUAAUUGAUGAUGCCUCAUUAUUAUCAUUAUUAAAUUUGUUGCUUUAAAUUUCUUCAUUUUCGUCAAUUAAUAUGUUUGUACUACCAAGGCAAUAGUGGUUAAUUAAUUAAAUAAUUCGCAUUGAUUUAUUAAACGUUAACCAAAAUAGGUAGGUACAACCACCAAUAGUAUAAAGGGAAAAAAUAACUAAAUCAGUUAUAAUUCGCAUUGACUUUUUAACUAUUCAUGUGAUUGUUGCUACAACAGAAAGAAGCUUUUUGAAAUUAAAGUUGUUCAAGUCUUAUAUGUGCUCUACAAUAACAUAAGAGAGCCUUAACGAGUUAGCUAUGUUAGCAAUUGAGAAUAGCUAUUUGGAUGAUGCAAAGAUGGAAGAGCUAAUAGAUGAUUUUAUUUCAAAUAAUACUAGAUGGUUGUUACUUUUUAAACAAUGAUGGAUGAUUUUAUUCCUUUUGCAAUCACUUUAUGAACUUAUGUAUUUUAUUAUUAUUUAAUAAUUUUUAGUCUUAAAAAAUUUACGUAAAAAUCUUUAUAGCCACAUUUUAAAUUUUCGAACAGGACCUCUAAAUAUCAUAGGCCGGCCUGAAGAAAAUUUAGUAGAUUGGUUAGCCUUGUUAGUAGAUUGUAUGACCAAAUCAAUCCACUUAAACCAAACCAAUUAGUCAUUUGUAAAAAAAUCAAACCUAUUAGCCAAAUUAACUAAACUACAACUGAUUAAAAAAACUUGUUGAUGUACUAUUUAUGGUAAACGAUGAAUCACUUCUGUAUGAGUAUGUCAUUAUUGACAUAGAAUUUUAUUCUUCAAAAUAUAAAAAGUGGGUAUCAUUUUAUAGAUCUCGUUAAAUAAAUUUUUAUAUGCAAAAAUAAUUAAAAUUAAAGUUAAAGGAGAGAGCUUGACACAUGGAGCGAUCAUUAUUUAUAUUUUAGGUUAGUUUUAAUUCAAAAUGACUAUUGUGUCCCACCUAAAAUCACUCUCGUUGCAACAUUUUUUAAAGACAAAAUACCACUAGAAAACCCAAACCAUGAAAAAUGUGUCAUUUGUGUCCUAAAAUAUUCAAUAUGACAUUUGUGUCCUAAACUAUUUUUUUUGUUAGAGUUAACCGGCGUUGAUCGUUAGUCAUUAACAGAAAGUCUAGUUAGUGCUGAUGUGGCAUCUGUAGUGGAAUUUAUAAUUAUUUUCCAUAUAAGAAAAGAAAAUGAAAAAUUACAAAAAAUGGGGAUUUACCCUUCCCUCUCCCGUUUCCCAACCUCCGCCGCUGCAACCUGAAAACCGCUGCUCCCAUUGCUCCUAUUGAAGCCUCGACUGAAGCACCUGAAAACCGUUGCUCCCGUUGAAACCUCGCCGCCGCCGCAACCUGAAGGAGGAAAUCUUCACUUCACCUCCGUCGUUGUUCCAGUUGAAGCCUCGAUGUGAACCCUAGAAUGUAGAUCAAUUAGAGCUGCAGAUCCAAUGAAACUCAGAAACAGUGGUGUUGAAAUUAGAUCUGCAGUGACGAAGAGCAAUUCGAAUACGACGGAGUUGGAGAUGGUUUUGGCUAUACAGGUUUCCAUCGACGAUUUGGAAGGGGUACGAGCUUCCCUCCGCCUCCUCGUCGGCGAUUGGAAGGGGUUCGAGCUUCAACCCAAAAUAAGAGAGUACCUAAACCAUGAUCCCCAGAAAUCCAAACCUCCGAACUAGAAAUCGAACUUCUUCUUCCUCCAACCUGGUUCGGAAUCUGCUUCAUAUCCUUCUCUUCCAUCCGCCUCUCGCACCCUCCCUCCCUCUCGACAUCGACUAUUCUUCCCUUCUUCCUCCAUCACUGCCAAAUCCAGUAAGAGAGAGAGAGAGAGAGAGAGAGAGAGAGAGAGAGAGAGAGAGAGAGAGAUGUGUGGAGGGUUGCGGCGCUAGGCUAGUCGGGUUGCGGUGGAGCUAGGCCAGUUGAAGAACAGAGGCGAGAGGGUUUGAAGAAUAGAGACAGAGAUGAAUCGUCUUCAUUAGUGGCGAGGAGGCUUUUGGAUUUACAGAGGGCCGACGAAUAGAGGCAUAGGGAGGCAGCUUUUUAGGGUAAAAUACCUCGAGUACCACUUAAAUUUGAGAAUUGGGGCAGACAUACCACUUAAGUUUGAAUAUAGUGUCGGGUACCAUUAAAGUCUCCAAAAUGUGUAUCCGUCUAGUUUUCCAUCCAACCCAAACUUUUAAUUACCUUUUGGUACCCAAAACUUUAAAAACAUCAAAAUUAUUUUUUCAACAAGUAUUAUCUAAUAUAAAAAUUAGAGAACCUUCUAAACAUAGUACUACUAGAAUGGCUAAUGAAAUUUUUUCGAUAUAAUAGAUAAAAUAGUAAAAAUAAUAAUGAAUAUCAAGAAGGAAUAAUAUAUAUACUAAAAGAUUAUAAUCUAUAAUUAAAAUCAAUAUUAGAAGAUCUAUUUAAACCCAUAAUUCGAUUAAAAGCACUACUAAAAUCAGUUAAAAUAAAACCUUAUUGACCACUAAAACAUCAAGACCAAAGAAGGAUAAAUGGAACAAAAUUUGAAAAUUAAAUAUAUUUCAUUAAUUGAAAAAAAUUUAAACGAAAUGAGACAGAAGGUAACCAAGUAAUAAGUAAACUAUAAAAGCUACAACAUUCGGUUUCAAAUAUAGAAAAGAAAAUAUGACUAUAGAAAAAGAAUUAGAAAUAGAAAUAGUAAAUUUAACUAAUAUGGAACAUCUAGAAUAUAAUAUAUAGAAUUACAAGGAGAUUUAAAUGAAAAAUUAGACAACAUCAAUAUGAUUUAAGUGAACUAAAAUAACAUCCUCGGAUUAUUUAUAUCAUGAUAAAAUUCAUAGAAUAUAUUUCUUCAGGGAGUAAUUCAAUUAUUAGAACACAUAAUGAUAAUUUAAAAGAAGAUUCCAACUAAACAAUAAAAAAGUGAUGUUUUUCAUAAGUCCAAAGGAUUUUUUAAAUAAUAAGAAGUAAAAGGACCAUUUCUGAAAUUUAGAAAAUGAAAUAUUCCAAAAAUAUUCUGUCAACUUUAACGGAAUGCACUUAGCAGUAAACUUAAGUGUUACCGGGUGCACAUAAUAGAGUUCAGUGGUACCCGACGCCCUAUUCAAACUUAAGUGGUAUAGCUCCUCAAAUUCUCAUACUUUAGUGGUACCCGAUGUAUUUUACCUCAACUUUUUAGGUUUCUUUUACUUUCUAAUUUUUUUUACUUUUUUAUUUUAUAAAAUAAUUAAAUUUUGAAUCAAAAAAAUAAUAUUUAAUGAUGUGACAUCUACAUGGCUACAAACUUUUUUGCCACAUCACCAAAUCUGUGACGUUCGUUUGGUCAACGUUAUCUAUAAUGGUCAACGAAAUUGUCGGGACAUAAAUGACACGCAACUAUAAUAGGUUAGGACACAAAUGUAAUAUUGGAUACUUUAGAACACAAAUGACACAUCUUUAAUACUUCGGGGUUUCUAGUGUAUUAGCCUUUUUUAAAUGACACCAACCCUUAAAACUCUCAUGUUGUAUUGUGUUGGGACAAGUAUACCCUAAUUAAAGAAGUAGCAUAGUGGUGACUAACAUUGUAUUCAGUGGGUUUUGGGAAUCUAUUGCAACUUUGUUAUUAUUUGACCGAUUUAAUAUGAUUUCAAUCAACACUAAGCAAAUGAAAGAAAACUAACUAACAAGUAAGCUUUAACUCGAGACAAAAAAAACGUAUUUAGUAUGGAAAUCCCCCAAACUAGCAUGUGACCAAGUCUAAUGGAAUUCUCAUGUAAUUUCCUUAACUCCUUAUGAUGCUAGAAUCCCUAGGACAACAAAUAAGUCAACAAACUGCACUUAAUUUCACUUCUAUGCUUGGAUUCUUAUAUUGUGUGUUACCCCAAAUGCAAAUGAGAAUAUAACUUAUUGUAAAUUCUAUGAGAUUAUUCUCAUACUGCUCUAUUUGAGUUCUAAUCUUGACCUAAUUAGUUGGACACUCUCAUAAGUAGAGAACAAAACAAUCAAUAACAUUCAGAGCAAUAGAUCGGCAAAAUAAUUUUUUUUGACAAAAGAUAAUCAUAUAUUGAUUCAACAAAGGAAGAUAGUUACAUCCUGGAAUCCUGCCAGGCCUAAAAAUUAAAAGAACGACAAGUAGACGGGUACAAAGAAAGGGCCUUUCUAGCCACCGCAUGGGCAACCCUAUUGUUAUUCCGACCUACAAAUCGUAUGCUAGACCCAGAGUGAUUUGCAAUAUAUUGUCUAAUUUCCGCUAAAAUCACCACAACCCUACUAUAUCUGGUAUCCGCUUGAUUGAUCUUGUCGAUAAUGACAUUGGCAUUGCCUUUAAAUUGCACAUCAAGGAACCCAUUGUUCACACACCAAGAGAUCGCUUCCCGGAGGACAAGGGUUUCCACCACCAGAGGAUCAUCAAUAGACUGAAACUGGAUCCCUUGAGCUCGUAAGACGUCCCUAUGAUGGCCAAGCAGAACCAUCCCGUUCGCCAAAUGAAACCCAACCCUUGUAGCCCCAUCCCACAUACACACCACCGAGGGACCCUAAUAGGGCAAAAGCGUAUAGCUUCAAUUCCUAUCUCGUAGUAAACCGGAAAGUCCGGGUAUCGUCUCUCAUGGACUGGUACAACCUUAUAUUCUAUCAAUUUUAUAAAGCAAACUAUAGGUGAAAAUAGUUUAAUGAGACUAAUUUCUAAAAGCAAAAUAAAAUAAACAAAGUAACUAAAUGAAAACUGUCGGGAGUAAUCAACGGAGAAAGCUCUGGGAGAAACAUCGGGACUCACUACCUAUCCUAUCCAGAUUAAUUCACAUAUUCCAAUACAUUUAAUCCAUAUCUCUACAACCAAGAUAUCACUAUUGUGCUAGCUAUCCCUGUCGGGAAUUACUACGUACUAAACAAUUAAAUCAAAUCCUACUGUCGUAGCUCAAUGACUUAACUAUUUAGCCUGAAGAACGAUAUCCCAAUUAAGACCACAUAGCAUCUUAUAUAAUCCACUGUCGCUUCGAUAAGUUACUAUGUCACAUGAAAUAUGUUCAAUUAUUAGGGUUUCACUGUCGCUAAUAACCUAAUUAACUACAAAUCAUUGU